AGUUUGGCAAAGAAUUCAGUCAGUUACGAAAUUUUGUUCAAUACACUUCUAGUUUUUUUUUCUCUAAUUCUAACGCGUUUUUGAGAGAAAGUAAAUACAUUUGCAAAGGAACUGGAGUAUAAAUCACAUCACAUCAAGUGUCAGUUAGCUGUAAUCGAUCAGCAAAGUCGAUUUCGAUUAAUUGUUUUUUUGGUCGUGGUGGUGUUAGUUAGUACAACGGACACGUGAUGAGUGUCAACGAUAACCCGCCAAAGGAUGAUAAAUCCUUUUAUAACAGUAAUAUAACACUUGACGGACAAAAUGCGGGCUCCACGGUGCCCAUAAAUGGCGAACCCAAGAAAACCAGUUGGUGGAGUCGCGGCAAGAAGGGCACCGAAACACCAACCCCCAGCGAGGGCAGUGAAGAGGAUCCCGAUGCCAAGCCCAAGAAUGAUGUUGCCCCAGUGGCAUUCUACAAAAUGUUUAAAUAUGCCACACCCAUGAAUAAAAUGAUGUACGCCGUUGGUAUUGUGUCAGCUGUUGCCACCGGCCUAACCACACCGGCCAACAGUUUAAUUUUCGGUAAUUUAGCCAAUAAAAUGAUUGAUUUUGCCGGUGAAGAGGGUCCCGGAAACAUGACAUACGAUACACGAUCUGAUCCAGCUAACCAACUCUUGGAGGCCGUCCAAACGUUUGCCUUCCAAAACACGAUGAUCGGUGUUGUUAUGUUGGCCUGCAGUUACAUCUCGGUAACGCUGUUCAAUUACGCUGCGCACGCCCAGAUAUUACGUAUACGCGGUAAAUUCUUUAGAUCGAUCCUGCAUCAGGAUAUGUCCUGGUAUGAUGUCAAUCAAAGUGGUGAAGUGGCCAGUCGCAUGAAUGAAGAUUUAUCCAAAAUGGAAGAUGGUCUCGCCGAAAAGGUGGUGAUGUUUGUCCAUUACAUUGUGGCCUUUAUUGGUUCGAUUAUUUUGGCCUUUGUCAAGGGUUGGCAAUUGGCUUUGGUGUGUCUGUGCAGUUUGCCGGUAACUUUCAUUGCCAUGGGUUUUGUGGCCGUUGCCACAUCGAAAUUGGCAAAGAAAGAAUUAAGCGUAUAUGCCUCGGCUGGCACAAUUGCCGAAGAGGCUCUCAGCGGUAUACGGACGGUCAAGGCUUUCGAGGGUGAACCCAAGGAAAUCCAAGCCUACAAAGAAACCAUUGUCGAUGCUCGCAAAUUGAAUAUCAAACGGAAUUUUUUCUCCGGUCUGGGCUUCGGUCUGUUGUGGUUCUUUAUCUAUGCCUCAUAUGCACUGGCCUUUUGGUAUGGUGUUGGAUUGGUCUUGAAGAACUAUCACGGUGACAAAUACUACAGCAAUUAUGAUUCUGGUACUAUGAUCACGGUCUUCUUCUCCGUGAUGAUGGGUUCCAUGAACAUUGGCAUGGCCUCGCCCUAUAUUGAGGCUUUUGGUAUUGCCAAGGGUGCCUGUGCCAAAAUCUUCAAGUUGAUCGAUCAGAUUCCCACCAUUUAUCCCAUUGAACCGCGUGGCACUCGUCUCAAUCAUCCGCUCAUCCACAUUGAGUUCCGCAACAUUGAUUUCAGUUAUCCCACCCGUAAAACGGUGCAAAUUUUGGAUAAAUUUUGUUUGCGCAUUGCCCGAGGCCAAACGGUGGCUUUGGUUGGUUCCUCCGGCUGUGGUAAAUCGACGUGUAUUCAGUUGAUCCAACGUUUCUAUGAUCCCGAUGGUGGCAAUGUUUAUUUCAAUGAUGUUGAUUUGAAGGAUCUGAAUAUUGAGUGGCUGAGAUCACGCAUUGGUGUGGUGGGCCAGGAACCGGUACUGUUUGGCACCACCAUCUACGAAAAUAUUCGCUAUGGUCGUGAAGAUGCUACCAAGGAACAAAUCGAAGCUGCCGCCCGUGCUGCCAAUGCCAUGACAUUUAUUAACAAACUACCCGAUGGUUUCCACACCUUGGUUGGUGAACGUGGCGCCCAAUUGUCCGGUGGUCAGAAACAACGUAUUGCCAUUGCCCGCGCGUUGGUUAGAGACCCCGAAAUUCUUUUGCUCGAUGAAGCUACCUCUGCCCUGGAUACGGCCAGUGAAGCCAAGGUACAGGCUGCCUUGGAAAAGGCCAGUGUUGGUCGCACCACAAUUAUUGUUGCCCAUCGUCUGUCCACCAUUCGUCGUGCCGAUCGCAUUGUGGUCAUUAACAAGGGUCGCGUGGUCGAGAGUGGUACCCACAACGAAUUGAUGGCCCUGAAGAGCCAUUACUAUAAUCUGGUAAUGACCCAAUUGGGUGAAGAUGCCGAUGCCAGCACACCUGGAGUGGGCCAAAAGGAAUUCCUCCUAAAUGCCAAGGAUGAAGAUGAGGAACAAAUUACCAUUAACAAAGAGGAGACAGAGACCACAGAACUAAUCGUAGAAGAGGAAAAAUUCAAUCUAUGGAAAAUUUUGAAAAUGAAUGCCGAAGAAUGGCCACAAAUCUUGUGCGGUUGUGUGUGUUCAAUAAUUAUGGGUGCAGCUAUGCCAUUGUUUGCUGUGCUCUUCGGUUCGAUUUUGGGUGUUUUGGCUGUGCGUAACAAUGAUGCCUAUGUGAGAAGUGAAACGAAUACCUUCAGUUUAUAUUUCCUGAUUUGUGGUAUUGUUGUGGGCAUAGCAACCUUUUUGCAGAUCUACACCUUUGGCAUUGCCGGUGAACGUUUGACCGAACGUCUGCGUGGCAUGAUGUUUGAGGCCAUGAUGAAAAUGGAAAUCUCUUGGUUUGAUGACCGGGCAAAUGGUACGGGUAGUUUGUGUGCCCGUCUGUCGGGUGAUGCCUCGGCUGUACAGGGUGCAACUGGUCAACGUAUUGGUACCAUUGUCCAAUCUAUAUCCACUCUCUUAUUGGGCAUUGGCCUCUCAAUGUACUACGAAUGGAGUUUGGGUCUAUUGGCUUUGGCAUUUGCCCCCUUCAUUUUGAUUGCCACCUAUUUGCAGCGCAAGGUUAUGGCCCAGGAAAAUAUGGGUACCGCCAAGACCAUGGAGAAGUGUACCAAGCUUGCCGUUGAAGUUGUCUCAAAUAUUCGUACUGUAGCUUCUUUGGGUCGCGAAGAAAUGUUCCACAAGCAAUAUAUGGAUAUGCUGUAUCCUGCCGUAGAGAAAGCCAAGCGUAAUACACAUUUCCGUGGUUUUGUCUAUGGUCUGGCACGUUCCUUGAUGUUCUUUGCCUAUGCUGCCUGUAUGUAUUAUGGCGGUUGGUGUGUCGUCCACAAGGGCAUGAAUUUCAGUAAUGUCUUCAAGGUGUCGCAGGCUUUGAUUAUGGGCACGGCUUCCAUUGCCGGUGCUUUGGCCUUCGCUCCCAACUUCCAAAAGGGUAUCUCGGCUGCUGAGGCCAUUUACAGGCUGAUAACACGUCAACCGAAAAUUGUCGAUAGCCCUGGUGUAUCGAUGCAGCCAUGGACCUCGGACGGCAAUGUUUCGUAUAACAAUGUUAAAUUCUCAUAUCCCACACGUAAGGAAAUUCAGGUGUUGCGUGACUUGAGUUUGGCCGUUGAGAAGGGUCAAAAGAUUGCCUUGGUUGGUCCAUCGGGUUGUGGUAAAUCGACGUGUAUUCAAUUGCUGCAACGUUUCUAUGAUGUUGAUGGUGGUUCCGUGACCAUUGACAAGAUUGAUUUGCGCAAUUUAUCGUUGCACAAUUUGCGCAAACAAUUGGGUAUUGUAUCGCAAGAGCCCAUACUCUUCGAUAGAUCGAUACGUGAGAAUAUUGCCUAUGGUGAUAAUGUGCGCAUUGUAUCCGAUCAGGAGAUUAUUGAAGCUGCCAAGAAGGCCAAUAUUCAUAACUUUAUUGUUGGCUUGCCAAUGGGCUAUGAAACACGUAUGGGUGAAAAGGGUACCCAAAUGUCUGGUGGUCAAAAACAGAGAAUUGCCAUUGCCCGAGCAUUGGUGCGUAAUCCCAAAAUCCUCUUGCUCGAUGAAGCCACCUCAGCUCUGGAUGCCGAAAGUGAAAAGGUGGUACAAGAUGCCCUGGAGGUUGCCAGUGCCGGUCGUACCAGCAUCAGUAUUGCCCAUCGUCUCUCAACCAUUGUUGAUUGUGAUACGAUUUUCGUCUUUGACGAGGGCAAAGUGUGUGAAUAUGGUACACACAAGCAGCUACUCGAAAUGCGUGGUCUCUACUACACCCUCUAUAAAUUGCAAACGGGUGCUAUGUAAGGGAAACUAGAAAGAGAAAGAAACAUGGAUCAUAGAAAACACAUUCCUGCCUCAUAUACUCAUCGUUCUAGCGUUCCUCUAGUCCAUAAGUUUAAACAUACAUUCAUUCAUUCAUUCAUUUUAGCCAAAUAACACAACCCGACAAAUAUUUACAUAGGAAUCGAACAAGAAGUGUAUUUAACGCUUAAGUAUUUUUAUUGUGUUUAUUUAUUACGCUUUCUUAGAUGUAUUUUAAAUUAAGAAAAUUGUUUUUGUACACAAUAUUCUAUAAGUAGAUAAUUUAACGACACAAAAAAAUAGAAAAAAAACUUAGUCUGUAAGUGCACGUGUAUUUAUAUUUGUAG